UCAGCUCAGACGAAUCAGGACUCAGAAUACCUGAUUUUCCAACCGUUGAUGUUAUUCUUACACCCGCCACGAAUCCAAAAGGCAAGAAUUCCGGAUUCCCCCAAGCCCUCAAUUUGGAUUAAAGAAUUAUCAAUCCUAAAGCCCCCUCAAACCCGAUUCCUCGGCCACAUUCAUUUUCGUGGGAAACCUUUAUCUCAUCAUCUUUGCAAAACCCACUAGCGACUGGGUUUGGGGUGUUGCUUCUAUCCGAACGGCCAUGGCUGCACCUGGCUCUGUGCAGAAAUCAGAGGAAGAAUGGAGGGCUAUUCUCUCCCCGGAGCAAUUCCGUAUUCUGAGGCAGAAAGGAACCGAGCCCCCAGGCACUGGGGAAUAUGACAAGUUUUAUGGUGGGGGGGACUAUAACUGUGCAGGUUGUGGGACACCCCUUUAUAGAUCCACUACAAAAUUUAAUUCAGGCUGUGGCUGGCCGGCUUUCUAUGAGGGUCUUCCUGGAGCCAUAAAUCGCACUCCUGACCCAGAUGGGAGAAGAACUGAAAUUACAUGUGCAGCUUGUGGUGGGCACCUUGGUCAUGUAUUUAAAGGCGAGGGUUUCUCAACACCAACUGAUGAACGCCAUUGUGUUAACAGCAUCUCAAUCAAGUUUGUUCCAUUAUCAUCCCAGUGAAGAUAAUUGUGGUGGUAGUGGUUCUUAAAUGAAGAAAAGAAAAUUAGUGCCAAACCUAGAAGAUAGUUUUUGUAUGCACAUGGUUCGAAUAAAAACUGGUGAAGUGAUGUGUGAGUUGAAACUUAAAUUAAAUCAAUGCUUUAGGUAUCUUGAUGGCCACAAUGAAUAUUAAGGGAUUCUGAGUCGUCAUGUUUUUCUUUCCAAUGUCAGUAAGUUGUAGGUUUGGAACAUUAUCUCCUCUAAUGCGGGUUUUAGUUCAGCAUGUGAUUAAGCACCAUUUGCACUUCAGAAUGCAAUGUUGACAGUGAUUUAAAUCUCCA